AUGGACAGCCCCUGCCCAGGAGCUGCACCCUGGGGACACCCCACAGACGCUCCGCAGGCCCUGCCCCCACCCAAGGCCACUGACCAAAACGUUUCCAGCGGGGAGGCUCAGCUGUUCUCUUGCUGUCUUGUCCAGCGUCGAGCUCGUGGGUGUCCUGGUCCCGCAGCCCGGCCCUUGUCACGGCUGCGUGAGGCUCCGCAGGCCGCGGGGCUCCUUCUGCAGCUGAGGGGCACUGGGUGCUCCAGGGCGUCACCAGCGCUCGGCUCUCCGGUUUUACUGGGAAGGGACUUCGGUGCGUGGACACACCUGGGAGUGGAUCUGUCCCUGUUCCGGAACCCCUUAGUCAGCCACCAGAGAGCACUGUGGCCUCCAGUGGCCGCACGGGCGGGACGCCACGUGCCAUGUCCUGUCCUCUUUGACACCGCUGCUGCCGACCUCGGGACUCUUCUCCUGGUCUCUCGGCCACUUGCCAGCCUUUGUCCAGCGUCCCUGCGCCAUCGCCUGUGCUGGGCCCUUCUCAUUCCCACGGGUGGACACGGAGCACUGAGGGCACUGGCCCGGUGUGGCCCUUACACGGGCGGGCCCCGCAUUGGCAUCCGCAGCGGGGGUGUCCCCCCGCCGGUCCGUGAGCACUCCAGAAGGGUGUCACCAGGCACCUCAAAUUGGACAUCUGACAUAGAAACCACACUUCAGUUCCCCAAAGCGGCCCCUUUUGCAGCCUGCCCACCCCCUUCUCCGAGCCCUGGACUCUGCCCUUUGCUUCGCCGUCUGCAGGUGACCUUUCAGAGUCAACGCUGGAGCUGCCCCUUGGGCCGAGGGACCGGGCAGGAGGCUGGGGGGCAGCUGGGGCACACUCGUGCCCUCCUCUGCCCAGAGCCCCAGGGACGUGGCAGCGGCCCGCCUGGCCCAGCGGCCUGUGCGGCUGCGCUGUCACAGUGCGUUUGCUUUGGCCCUUCCUCUGACCACAGCGGCGGCCCUGCUCGCGUCACCUUUGGGUCACCGCCCCUGGCCACUUCCUGGUCUUUGUUCUGAGGCAGCCUACACCUGUGUGGGCCCCAGGACGCUGGACUGUCUAACUCGCCCCACACCCCAGUGCCAGGACCCCAGCAGGAGACUCCGGAAGGAGCAGAUGGCUCCCCUGGCGAAGCCCCUCCGAACACGCCGGAGUGGGGGCUCCGGUCCUCCUGGACGUGGGCUGCGGCUAACGGUUCCCGUUCAGCCGCCCGGAGCUGCUGAGGGAAUGGGUGCUGAACAUCGGCCGGGGCGACUUCGAGCCCAAGCAGCACACGG